ACCCUAAAUAAAAAUAAAAACCCUUCCUUUUUCUACACGAAUUCUCUCUCUCUCUCUCUCUCUCUCUCUCUCUCAUUUCUUCCAAACCACGAAUUCUCAACUUCGCCCUUUUUGAUCGAAAAGUGGGGGUCUGUUCUGUUAAUAAUUGCGCGUAAUGUUGAGUGAAUGAGUAAUAAAGUCUGAAGGAAUGUCUUCGUAUUCUUCAUUGGCUAGACUUGUCAGCCAAGGCUGUUAUGGUGACAACUUUAUAGCAUUCCAGAGUGACCCAGCUCAAAGCAGUUGCUCAUCAGGGCAAGGAACAUGGAAACAAAAUCAUCUCUAUCAGUUACCAGGCAACUCCAACCUUUAUGAUGAUUCUGAUACGGCUGAGGAUCUUUAUAUCUCACCUCAGCCUCCAGCAAAGCCUGAAGUGAACCUUAAAAAUGUGUUGAGUGGGAUAGUUGCCAUUUUGACUGGUAGUAACAAAGGUCUUGGCACCAUGUUACCUGAGCAAGAAUCUGACUCAACUGUGGAAUUUUUAGGACCUGAAGUAAAUGGGGUUAGUUCUUUGCAUUCAUCAGUAUGUGCACCAAGUGCACCACCAUUAACUGAGGAAGAUGCUAUUAAUUAUACUGUAUAUCGAGAUUUGUUGGUAGCAGAUCCACCAGAAUGGCUGCCUGAUAGCUGCACUAAAGUCUGCAUGCAGUGUAAUUCUCCAUUUACUGCUCUUACCCGUGGGAGACAUCACUGUAGAUUUUGUGGACAUAUAUUCUGUCGAGCAUGCAGUAAAGGAAGGUGCUUGUUGCCUGCUAAAUUCCGGUUGCAAGAUCCUCAAAGAGUGUGUGAUGCUUGCUAUGAUAGGCUCCAACCAGUUCAAGAAACACUAAAGCACUUCAUAAGCAAUGCAGCACAGUCAGCAAAACAUGACGUCAUGGAUUGGACAUGCACUAGGGGGUGGUUAAAUUUACCUAUAGGAUUGUCCAUGGAGCAUGAAAUAUAUAAGGCAGCAAAUACUUUGACGAACUACUGCCAGGUUGCUAGACUAAAUCCUGAAAAGUCAAUUCCUCAGGCAGUUCUCAAAGGAGCAAGCGGGCUUGCUAUUCUAACAGUUGCAAAAGUUGGUGCCCUUCUUACAUACAAGCUUGGGACUGGUCUAGUAGUGUAUCGAAGAUCAGAUGGUUCAUGGUCAGCUCCAUCUGCUAUUCUCUCAGCUGGUUUGGGAUGGGGAGCACAGAUUGGUGGUGAACUGAUGGACUUUAUCAUUGUGCUUCAUGGUUAUGAGACUGUCAAAACAUUUUGCAGCCGAAUGCACUUCUCCCUUGGAGCUGGUUUGAGUGUUGCAGCAGGACCAGUUGGCAGGGUUUUUGAAGCCGAUUUCCGUUCUGGGGAUAGAGGUUCUGGCUUGUGUUAUACUUACAGCUGCAGCAAAGGUGCCUUUAUUGGGGUCUCCCUCGAGGGAAGUAUUGUCACAACAAGGAUGGAUACUAAUUUGAUGUUUUAUGGGGAUCCUUAUAUGACGACGGCGGACAUUCUCUUGGGCACGGUGCAGAGACCUAUUGCUGCACAGCCAUUGUAUUCUGCUCUUGAUAACCUUUAUUCCAAUCUCGGUUGUUAGCCUUCGCUGAAAGGAUACUCUUGUAUAUAAUUCUUGCUUUCACUUCGCUUUGAAAUGUCAUCUACCAAUGAACAACAUAUGUUGAUUGGAAUUCUUACAAUUGUACAGUUAUUAUAAAUUGCUUGUACAGAGUUACUUAUGGAAAAUAUACAUUGUACAUACAUAUAUUCAAAGAAAAAUACGUUUACCAUUGCUGCUA